CAUAGCUGUCACGAAAGUCUGUCAAAAGCCACAGCAUUACCAGUAGGGAUUCAUAUCAAAGGUAUACCUAUGGCGAUGUCUUCUGAUAACAUUACAGUGGAUCCGUUUUCAGUCUCUCCUCGUCCCAACCAGAGCUCCUGUGAUGUUUUCGCCGGCCAGGCUGUUGCCACGGUUCUCUUCCCCAUCGUCUACUUGCUGGUGUUCCUCAUCAGUGCCUGUGGCAACAGCCUGGUGCUCUACGUGAUCUGUCGCAGUCAGCAGAAGUGUAACUCCACUUCCAUCUACCUGCUGAACCUGGCUCUGUCCGACACCCUCUUCACCCUGGUGCUGCCGGCCAGGAUCACCUACUACAUCCGUGGCUUCGACUGGCCUUUCGGGGACGUCAUGUGCACGUUGACCGCAGUCAUCUUCUUUGCGAACACCUAUGCAGGCAUCGGCUUCAUGACCUGCAUCUCCGUGGACCGCUACCUGGCCAUGGUGCAUCCGCACCGGCUGCGGGGUCUCCGCAGCGUGAAGGUGGUCCGACGGGUGUGCGGCCUGGUGUGGGCCAUCGUGCUCCUGGAGGUGGCCUCCGUGCUGUUCAAGAGCAUGCUCACGACCACCGAGGGCAAACGCACAUGCAUGGAGUUCUCCAACUUCGGGGCCAGGUCCAUGCUGUAUCUUCUCCUGCUGGCCUGCGUCUUCUCUUUCUUCCUCCCGCUGGCACUGAUCCUCGGCUGCUACGCCCAGAUCAACAGGAAGCUACGCUCCGCCGCACGGCAGAGCCCGCUGGGCAGCGGGGCCGGGGGGGGAGUGGGACAUCGCAGGGCCAACACCAUCAUCCUCCUCAUCCUGCUCACCUUCACGGUGAGCUUCGGCCCAUACCACGUCAACAUCAUGCAGUUCAUGGCGAGGAGUCUUCUCGCAGAGCCCCCGUGUCAGGAAAAGAGUGACUUCAAGGCAUCGCUGCAGGUGACCGUGUUGCUCAUGAACUUGAACUGUGCCUUGGAUCCCAUCCUCUACUUUUUCGCGAUAAAGACCUACAAGAAGAGGGUGAUGAGUCUGUUCAAGGGGAAUAAGUUGACAUCCUCUGAUCUUCAUUUGAAAGUCAGGCAGAAGAGCAGCAGCAUUACCUAAGAAGGUAGUGUGAAAAGUGAAAGAUAGAGCCCUGUUUUAUCUUAUUUGUAUUUUGGGUUAUGUUGUGUAACAUGAUGUAAAACCUCACUAUCUUAACUAUUAGAAUCUGUAAAAAAAAUGGAUUUAUUACCGGGGAUCAAUAAUCAUUUGUGUGUAGUAUCCCAAAAUAAACAAAAUUACAACCAAACUACUAGGAAUAUGCACUCCAUUGAUUUGAUGGCAUUAAACAUUGAAGUA